AUGACCCGGUGGGCUCGCCGAAACGGCGCUCCCGGCGAAAAGGCACUGGAUGCGACCCCCUGGGAGGAGAUGGUGAGCGGCUCCGAGGGGCGGGAGGGCUGCUCGGGCGCUCCACCGCUGAAGAAGGAGCAAGAGAAGAGGCAGAAGAAGAACCGAAAGAAAAAGGACUACCUGAACGAAGACGUUAACGGGUUUGCGGCGUACCUGAAGCAGAGCUCGCAGGGCAGGGAGGUGGCCGAAGCAGAGAGCGCCGAGUUGGAGAAGGAGCUGGCGAUAGCCUUGAAGAAGGACAAGCGGCGGGAGGGUAGGAGGCUGAAGAGGCAAGAAAUGAAGAAAAAUGCCAUGGUGUGUUUCCACUGUAGAGAACCUGGCCAUGGUGUUGCUGACUGUCCUGCAGUACUUGAAAGUCAAGAUAUGGGUACAGGAGUCUGUUACCGGUGUGGAUCCACAGAACAUGACAUCAGCAAAUGCAGAGCAAAAAUAGAUCCAGCAGUUGGGGCAUUUCCAUAUGCAAAAUGUUUCAUCUGUGGUGAGAUGGGGCAUCUAUCAAGGUCAUGUCCCGAUAAUCCCAAGGGAUUGUAUGCCGAAGGUGGCAGCUGCAGACUUUGUGGCUCUGUGGAGCACUUCAGGAAAGACUGUCCAGAAAAACAGAAUGCAGAUCAGGUUACGGUUGGGCGAUGGGCCGUUGGAAUGAGUGCAGAUUACGAAGAAAUUACAGAAACACCAAAGCUGCAAAAAACAAAAGUGAAAGUACCCAAAGUUGUUACUUUUUGA